CAAUGGAGGGGAAAAAAGGUAUAUUUUUGUUCUAUUCUAAUUUUUUUUUUUUUUUUACUCUUCAUCUCUCCUAUUCGUUGGGUUUCUGUGGAUCGAGGCGUCGCCCACCCUGUGGUUUUCCUUCGCUCUCACAAUCACCCCGAACCUCCCAACCCCAAUUCUUUCUCUCUCAGAAAAAGGGGCAAAAAAAAAAAGACAAAGGGAUAACGAGAACUCAGCAAAGUUCCUCGAUUUCUCUCCUUCAAUUCGUAUCUUUUUGUGGAUUUCGAUCCGGGAGUUCGUCUCCAGAGAUUCUCCACAGAAGAUCUCGAGCUCUUUCGAUUCCAUUUGGCCUCCAUUUCGCGAUAAAAAUCAAUUUUUUUUGGGUGUGUGAAUGGAAGAAAAGGUACUGGGGAGGAGGCGGUGAGGACGGCGGAGAGGCGAGAGGAGGAAGAAGGAUGCUAUAUUUGAAGCAGCCGAGGGGGGAAUUUGGGGGUCCGGCGGCCGGCGGCGUCGUGAUCUCGUGGGGGAUUUGGAUGUGCGAGUGAUCUGGCCCGAGCCUACGGCUCGGGAUCCGGAGGAGAUGGAAGCGGAGGACGGGGCAGCGGCUCGGAUUGCCGACGAGCCCGAUGCCGGGAGCUGCUGUCUCCAGAAAUUUAGGCUAUACGAGACUCGAUCGAAAUUUUACAUGAUCGGAAGCGACAAAGGUAAAACAUUGUGGAAAGUGUUAAAAAUCGAUAGAUUGGAGCCUUCAGAGCUGAGCAUCCGCGAGGACUCCACCACAUACUCAGAGAGCGAAUGUCGGGACCUAUUGAGGCGAAUACAUGAAGGAAACAGAUCCACUGGUGGACUAAGAUUUGUCACCAAUUGCUAUGGCAUUGUUGGUUUUAUCAAGUUCCUGGGGCCGUAUUACAUGUUGCUUAUAACCAAAAGAAGGCAAAUUGGUGCCAUAUGUGGCCAUACAGUGUAUGCUGUCACCAAGAGUGAAAUGAUUGCACUUCCAAAUUCUACUGUACGACCCAAUAUGGCUAAUUCUAAGAAUGAGAACAGAUACAAGAAGCUCCUAUCUGCAGUUGAUCUCACAAAAGAUUUCUUUUUCAGCUACUCAUACCAUAUUAUGUGUAGCCUUCAAAAGAACUUAUGUGAUAGUGAGACAGGGCAGAUUUUAUAUGAAACAAUGUUUGUCUGGAAUGAGUUUUUGACACGUGGAAUACGAAGCCAUCUCAAAAAUACUCGUUGGACAGUUGCACUGGUCUAUGGGUUCUUUAAACAAGCCAAACUCUCAAUAUCUGGAAAGAAUUUCCGGUUGACACUCAUUGCUAGGCGUUCACGACAUUAUGCUGGCACCAGGUACCUCAAGCGGGGUGUCAAUGAGAAAGGUAGAGUAGCAAAUGAUGUUGAGACGGAACAGAUAGUGUUUGAGGACACUGCUGGAGGAAUUCCAACAGACAUCUGUUCUAUUGUCCAGAAUAGGGGUUCCAUACCCCUUUUUUGGUCCCAAGAAACCUCACGACUGAACCUUAAGCCUGAUAUUAUGUUGCACAAAAAGGACAAAAAUUAUGAUGCUACUCGGCUUCAUUUCGAGAAUUUGGUAAAAAGAUAUGGAAGCCCAAUAAUUAUUUUGAACCUGAUUAAGUCAUACGAGAAGAAACCCCGAGAAUCUAUACUCCGUGCAGAAUUUGCUCAUGCAAUUGAUGCUAUAAAUAAAGAUCUGUCAGAGGAAAAUCAUUUGAGAUUCUUACAUUGGGAUCUUCAUAAACAUUCUCGGAGAAGCAAAGCUACAAAUGUGCUUAUGUUGUUGGGGAAAGUGGCAGCUUAUGCCUUGAAUUUAACAGGCUUCUUUUGCUGUCAAGUGACACCAGCUUUAAGGCUUGAGGGUGCUCUAAAAUUGCCCAUCCUUUUGAAGAAUGAUAUUGGUCACAGCUUAUGUAAUGACCACAACAGCAGCAGCAACAACAACAAAAACCAUAACAGUGAUGAUGCUGAUAUCUCGGGAGAUGAAUCCCAGGAAGUUAACGCUUUGUGGUCUCAUAUCCCGGGACAUGCAACAGCAGAGGAUAGAGUUGGAAGUAGUGAAAACUGCUUGGUUAAACGACCUAUGCUUCAAAAAGGUGUCCUACGCACAAAUUGCAUAGACUGCUUGGAUCGCACUAAUGUUGCACAAUAUGCCUGUGGUUUAGCUGCUCUCGGGCAUCAACUUCAUGCCUUGGGCCUUAUAGAUGUUCCCAAAAUUGAUCUAGAUGCUCCCCUGGCUGAUGAUUUAAUGAGUUUUUAUGAGACAAUGGGAGACACACUUGCUCUACAAUAUGGUGGUUCUGCUGCUCACAACAAGAUAUUCUCUGAGAGAAGAGGUCAAUGGAAGGCAGCAACUCAGUCUCAAGAGUUCUUUAGAACACUUCAAAGAUAUUACAGCAAUGCCUAUAUGGAUGCUGAAAAACAAGAUGCAAUAAACUUAUUCUUGGGCCACUUCCAACCUCAACAGG